AUGAAUGUACAUCAAUUGCGCAGAGUGCCAUUGGUUGCAAAAUGGCCCGUCACGCCCUGCCGCAGCGCAUCAACCAAAGCACCUCGACCCCCAAAGCCGAGUCCCAAAACCUCCAAGCCAGUGAUCAUAAAACGGCGACAAGCAACUCCGCCUCGCCAACCUCCAACCCCACAAAACGCUCAACCCGAGACCGCUGAAACAGCAAAACAAGGCCAUGGCAUCCCACCCAGAGCCCUAACCUUCCUGGGCAUCUCAGCACUCACAAUCAGCAUGUACUGCGGCUAUUUGUACGCGUCAUACACGCGCGAAGUAAGCAAAGCGCAAACCCUCGACGUGCCACGCGACGUCUCAGACCGCUACAACACAACAGCCGCAACAUUCGACGCGGACGUCGAGCUCUCGGAAAAGGCAAUGGGACUCGGCAAGAAGCGACGGGAUCUAGUGCGGCAGGCGCGCGGAGACGUCCUCGAAGUCAGCUGCGGCACUGGCCGCAAUCUGCCAUUCUACGAGCUCGGGGAGCGUCGCGGGACGGAUGCGGAUGGUCGCGCUGCGGUUUUGGGUUGUCGCUCUGUUACGUUUGUCGAUCUUAGUCCGCAGAUGGUGGCUAUCACGAAGGAGAAGUUCGGGAAAUUGUAUCCUGCGUUCCCGGCGGUGUUUAAGGCUUGUGAUGCGGGUGCGGUUUCGCCGUCUGAUAUCCAGCGUUCUGGGGUGAAGAAGGGGGAGGUUUACUUUGAUACUAUUUUGCAGACUAUGGGUCUUUGUUCGAUGCCGGAUCCGGUUGCGACGCUGAGACAUCUGGGAUCUGUUACGGAGCCUAAGAGUGGGCGGAUCUUGUUGCUUGAGCAUGGGCGUUCUUAUUAUGAUUGGGUUAAUCGGAUUUUGGAUAAUCUUGCUCCGGCUCAUGCGGAUCGGCAUGGGUGUUGGUGGAAUCGCGAUAUUGGGGAGAUUGUGCGGGAGAGUGGGUUGGAGAUUGUGGAGGAGAAGCGUUGGCAUCUGGGGACUACGUGGCGUUAUGUGUUGAGACCGAAGCAGGCCGAGAAGUCUCAGUCUUGA